AUGUCGGCGCCUACAGGUGCUGUCCCCUGGCUCCCACACCCAACUGACUACCGGGGCUACACAGCUCUGGGAGGCGCACGCGGGAAGGUCCCCUGGGCAGACCAGCACCCCUUACUCCAGCAGCAGCGCAAGGAGGAGCUGAAGGUCAGGCGGGAGAUAUACCGCUGGAAGACUUACCUCCCCGGCUGGCCUCACUGCCUGAGUGAGGAUACCGUGAAACAGCUCGACAUCAACAUCAAAUACUCCUUAACUAAGAACACCAACUUCUACCUGAAAGGCGGCUCUGCUUUUGCAGAGCUGAAAAUUAAGGGGCUGCUGGACCGCAAGGGGCCCUGGAAGAGUCUGAAGGAGAUGAGAAGGGUGUUCAACUUCCGGAAGACCCCAGCUGCCGAGUACGUGUUUGAGCACUGGCAGGAGGACACCUUCUUUGCCUCCCAGUUCCUGAAUGGCCUCAACCCGGUCCUGAUCCGCCGCUGUCGCUGCCUUCCAAAGAACUUCCCUGUCACGGACGCCAUGGUGGCCCCGGUGCUGGGCCCCGGGACGUGCCUGCAGGCUGAGCUGGAGAGGGGCUCCCUGUACCUGGUGGAUCAUGGCAUCCUCUCCGGCAUCCGUUCCAACGUUGUUAAUGGGAGGCCUCAGUUCUCUGCCUCCCCAAUGACCUUGCUAUAUCAGCGCCCAGGGUGUGGGCCCCUGCUGCCCCUCGCCAUCCAGCUCAACUGGAACCCUGGGCCGGACAGCCCCAUCUUCCUGCCCAGUGACAGCCAGUGGGACUGGCUGCUGGCCAAGACCUGGGUUUGCAAUGCCGAGUUCUCCGUCCAUGAGGCCGUCACACAUCUACUGCAUGAGCACCUGCUGCCUGAGGUCUUCACCCUGGCUACACUGCGCCAGCUGCCCCACUGCCACCCACUCUUCAAGCUGCUGAUCCCUCACACACGGUACACGCUGCAUAUCAACACGCUCGCCCGCCAGCUGCUCAUCGCCCCCGGGCAGGUGGUAGACAGGUCCACAGGCCUUGGCAUUGGAGGCUUUUCUGAGCUAAUACAGAGGAACAUGGAACAACUGACCUAUUCCAGCCUGUGUCUUCCUGAGGAUAUUCGGGCCCGGGGAGUUGAAGACAUACCAGGCUACUACUACCGGGAUGAUGGCAUGAAGAUCUGGGGUGCUGUGGAGUGCUUUGUCUCCGAAAUAAUCAACAUCUACUAUCCAAGUGACGAGUCUGUCUGCAAUGACAGCGAACUCCAGGCGUGGGUGUGGGAGAUCUUCUCUGAGGGCUUCCUAAGCCGGGAGAACUCAGGUUUGCCCUCCUCGCUGGAGACCCGGAAAGCGCUGGUGCAGUAUGUCACCAUGGUGAUUUUCAACUGCUCAGCCAAGCACUCUGCUGUCAGUGCAGGGCAGUUUGAUUCUUGUGCCUGGAUGCCCAACUUGCCACCAACCAUGCAGCUGCCACCACCCAUCUCCAAAGGCCAGGCAAGUCCAGAGGGCUUCAUAGCCACCCUUCCGCCGGUCAAUGCCACAUGUGAUGUCGUCAUUGCCCUUUGGUUGCUGAGCAAGGAGCCUGGAGAACGAAGGCCCCUGGGCACCUACCCAGAUGAGCACUUCACGGAGGAGGCCCCUCGGAGAAGCAUCGCUGCCUUCCAGAGCCGCCUGGCCCAGAUCUCACGAGACAUCCAAGUGCGGAACCAGGGCCUGGCGCUGCCCUACAUCUACCUGGACCCCCCCCUCAUCGAGAACAGCGUCUCCAUCUAAGUCCCCAGGAGAGCUGGACCCCAGGUGGCAUCACUUUGACCCCAGUGCUUUAUGCUAACCACCACCCCAAAAGGACUCAGAAGAUCAGGCCCUCCUGAGUCUCUCCUGGGACAAUCAGGUCCCAUGUAACUCACCUCCCACAUAGAACAAAACAAAAACAGAAACAAAAACCCUUUUCAAAAUAACCUUUGAAGACUGCAAGCC